GAGAGAGAGAGAGAGAGAGGUGCAAUUGAGCAAGUGAGCUAACAGCUAACUAGCACAGGAAACCGGGGAGAGAGCUCAGAGGUGACAGCGGAGAAUGGAGAGGACUGCAGACCUUCGGCGAGUCUCGAUCGCAGAGAGGGUAUUCAAAGUGUAUUUCUACCCAUCGAAGUGCAUCUGCUGAAACUGGAUAAACACAGGGGUGCAAAGGAAUGGCUGAUCCUCUGCGGAGGACAUUAUUAGCUAAACUUCGGGGGAAGAAAUCCAAGAAAGGGACGACAGCUGGUGGAUGCGGCGUUGCAGCUAACGGGGGCAGAGAAGCGCUCAUAGAAAAUGCCCACAGGGAGGCGAGCAGUGCGCUCAGGGCUCAGCUCAACACCAUCACCGUCUCCAAGAAGCGCAACUGGCUGCAGCAGAGCUCGGCCGGCCCCUGUGCGGCCGAGGAGGUAGGCCCUGGGUCGGAGGAGCACCACCACCACCACCACCACCAUCAGCACCACCAUCACCAGCAGCAGCAGCAUCAGCAUCUCGUCUCUUCUCCUCCCCCGGGCCCGGGCGUCUCGCCCCACGACGGCCAGCAGCCUCGUCCGGCUCCCUUCCCCCGGCCGACGCUCCGCCUCCCGCUGCCGCUGGUCACCAUCACCCACGGCCAUCACUCGCACGCGCGCGUCUCGCCGCAGCCGCCCCUCCGACAGAGCAGCGGCAGCGCGGCGGCCGACGCCGACGCGGCCGAGGAGGAGAACGACGCCGACGACGAGGGCGAGAUCUGGUACAACCCCAUCCCCGAGGACGACGAGCCGCCCGAGCCGCCCAAGCCGCUGAGCCUGACCGCCGCCGCCGUCUCCUCCCGCCACCAGAGCCUGGCGUCUGUGGUGCCCGAGGCGUCCCAGCACCCCUAUCCCCUCAGGCGGCCGAGCGGGGAGGGGGCCGCGGGGGACGGCUCAGCGGCCGGCCCGUCGUCGACGUCGCUGCUGUUGUCCGCGGAGACGGCUCAUCACACGCUCCAUCCGAAUGCCGCACAUUCCAGCGAGCCUCUGCAGCAGCUGCACAGGCAGAUGUUCGCGUGCAAACCCCAGGAGGAGAGCCUCAGUGCGCCGAGGCCAGCAGCAGCGCCAGAUACGGACAUGUCCAAUGCUGGCUUCUCCGCCCCCUCGAGUCCCAACCCCGCCAAGAAAGGGAGCUCGCUCAACUGGUCCUUCCCCGACAAGAUCAAGUCACCGCGGACGGUGCGGAAGCUCUCCAUGAAGAUGAAGAAGCUUCCAGAACUCAGCCGCAAGCUUAGUGUAAAAGGGACCAGCAGCAGCAGCAGCAGCAACAACAACAACACCAGCAGCCAAUCGGAAUCAAGGGUACACUCUUCGAAAACCAACGGAGUGACAGAGUCGGGUCAAGUGCCGUCCAGGGUCUCCCCGGGCGUCGGCCAAUCGGGAGGGGUCUUCACCAGUGGGAACGUUAUCUCCCGCUACCAUCUGGACAGCAGUGUGUCCACUCAGCCCAGCAAGAAGAAGAGCAGUGGGGGCUCCAAGUCGGCUAGCAAGGGCGGCUACCUUAGCGACGGGGACUCGCCGGAACUGGUGGCCAAGUCCGGCAAGCACGGCUCCAGCGCAGAUGGGAAAAGUGGGAAGGCCAAGGAGAGAGAGGCUAACGGGAACGGCUCUGGAGGUGGCAGCAGUGGCGGAGGAGGAGGAGGAGGAGGAGGAGGAGGUGGUGGUGUUGUGGGAGGAGGCGUCAGCCCGAAGCUCCACGGCAGCGAGCUGGACAUCGACGCCUUCCGGCCGUACAGCUUCGCCGAGCAGCCCAAGUGCGCCUCGUACCUGUCGGGCCUGAUGAGCGUGCACUUCUACGGCGCCGAGGACCUGAAGCCGCCGCGGGUGGACUCGCGCGACGUCUACUGCGCCAUCCAGGUGGACUCGGUCAACAAGGCGCGCACGGCCCUGCUCACCUGCCGCACGGCCUUCCUGGACAUGGACCACACGUUCAACAUCGAGCUGGAGAACGCGCAGCACCUCAAGCUGGUGGUGUUCAGCUGGGAGGCCACGCCGCGGCGCCACCGCGUCUGCUGCCACGGCACGGUGGCGCUGCCCGCGCUCUUCCGCGUCACGCGCACCCACCAGCUGGCCGUGCGGCUGGAGCCGCGCGGCAUGAUCUACGUCAAGCUGGGCCUCAUCGAGCAGUGGCAGAACUCGCUGGACGGCGGCGGCGUGGGUAUGGGCGGCGGCGGCGUGGGGGCGGACGGCGAGCGCGAGGCCCAGGUGUUCGGCGUGGAGGCCUGGCGCGUGGUGGAGAGGGAGGCGGCCGGGCUGAUGGUGCCGCUGCUCAUCCACAAGUGCAUCUCGGAGAUCGAGAGGAGAGGCUGCCAGGUGGUGGGUCUGUACCGUCUGUGUGGCUCUGCGGCCGUGAAGAAGGAACUGCGUGAGGCGUUUGAGAGGGACAGCUACAGCGUGGAGCUCUCGGAGAGCGCCUACCCAGACGUCAACGUCAUCACAGGUGUGCUUAAGGACUACCUGCGAGAGCUGCCCUACCCCCUCAUCACCAAGCAGCUGUACGAGGCUGUCCUGGAUUCCAUGGCCAGGCGGCCGCUGCGGAUCGGACCCGGCGGCUGCGAGAACGACCAGGCCGACACGGAGCACACCGUCGGGCUCCUGGACAUCCUGCCCGAGGUGGAGAAGGUGACUCUGCGGACGCUUCUGGAUCACCUGAAGCUGGUGGCCUCGCACCACGAGGUCAACAAGAUGACGUGCCAGAACCUGGCCGUGUGCUUCGGCCCGGUGCUGCUGAGCCAGCGGCAGGACGCCUCGUGCCACAGCAACCGCGUCUUCAUCGACUCGGAGGAGCUGGCCAGCGCGCUGCACUUCAAGAAGCACAUCGAGGUCCUGCACUACCUCCUCCAGCUCUGGCCAGUGGUAGAUCCAUAUGGGAAGACCUCCUCGCCCGUGUCCGAGUCUCCUGCCCUAGCGGCUGCCCCGGUGGUGGUGGUGGCGGCGGCCGCCCCGCUGCGGAGGCGGAAGGAGCGGCCCCAGGUGCUCAACCUGUCCGAGGCCGAGAUGGCCGGCGUGCUCCGGCCCAAAGCCGGCCGCCUGGACAGCCCCAGCAACCGCUACGCCGGCGACUGGAGCCGCUGCCAAGAGACGUACUUCCGGCCCAAGGAGGAGGCUGACUACGACGACGUGCCCUCCGAGGAGUCCGAGCGUCCGCCAGAGGACAAGGGCGACCUGACCGGGGACCAGCUCAGGCCCUCGGAGCAGGUGGAGGAGGAAGAGGAGGAAGAGGAGGAGGAGAAACACGGAGCCCUUGGAGAGGUGGUGGAGAUGGACAGACCAGUGGAGGUGGAAGCUGAGACUCAAAGAGAAGGGGAAUUGGAAGAGGAGGAGGAGGUG